AAGUCGGUUGCGAAAGCUCAGGGAAGGAAGAAAACGGAAGCAGUUCACCGGUAGAUAUAAAGCGAUUUCCCGCGAGCUAAUGAGAAAGUUAGCACAUCUCUUUUUAUGUGUGUUAUGAAGUACUUAUAACUUUUUGACGUCGUAAAUCCGCUAGCUGUCGUAUUACAUCCGCACACAAGCAUGGAUCGGGAGAGUGCGUCACUAUUGCCCGGCGUGUGCGCGCUCUUGGCGGACUCCGGUAAGCCUCUGCCCGAUGACACCAGCCUGGAGAAACUACUGGACCGGUUCACCGAACUCUCCGAAGCAGGUGUAUCACUUCCAGAGAGUUGCCUGUGUCUUCUAGAGUUUAUUUCUACCAUGGCCUCCAACUCCACUUCUGAUCCCAGCAUCCUCUCCUUCACUCUUAAACUCACCGGCCUGAUGGCGGCCACCGAGGAUGGCUACAGAGUCUUGCAGGAGCGCUCGGUUCUGGAGGUGAUUUUUAGCGUUAAGCACUGGAUGGACACCAAGCUCUGGGAUGACCCCUGCAUCCGUAUUGGCUGGCUUUAUGGAUUCAAGAGAAUGCUGCUGCACCCGAAGGCGCUCACUUUCUUUGUGCAAUCAGGUUUCCUCAAACCACUUUUAGAGCUCCAGUCAGAUCCAAGCAUAUUUGUUGCUUCCGCCGCCAAGCAGUUGCUGGUCCACAUCCUGCUCGCCACUCAACCAGAAGAAGGUCAUGCAAGUAUCAAAGCCAGGGAAGACCACAGUGCUGUUGUCCUGCAAACCUCUGAUCACAUAAAUGAGUCACUCAAAGAAGGCAAGCUGGCAAGUGGUAAUGCACGGUUCCUGAGUCUGCUGGCACUGAUCCUGGAACAGGCUCGGCGCCCUCUGCGGGAACAGCUGCUCAAGGCGCUUGCCGCCUCCCUAGAAGAGCUGGCUGAGGCGGGAGACAGUCGGAUCACAUCUCCUCUAAUGGAUGUCAUUAUGGCCGGAUAUAGCACCGAGAGUGACGACGUGACCAAGCGUCUUUUGUCCUCUAUGUUGAAUGUCGACAAACCCUUUGACCUCGUCCAAGCCGCGGCUUGGUUUCUCUCCCGAAGUCGUUCAUGCGCAUCAAGAGAUGCUGUCAACACAAGGCAGGCAGUGAGAAUCCUCCUGCUGCCCCUCCACUUUGUCACCGAGCAGCCCUUGCUCGGAACAGCCCUUGUAGUGGACAACGUAACAAUGGCGGCGCAGCUGAAGAAUAAAAAAGCGUUCAUCUCCAUGAUCUGUUCCUGUCUGGGAAAGGCGCCCGAGGUGGCACUUAUGCCUCUUGACGUCCUCCCGUGUGCGCCGGCUGUAAUCGUCCUCUCUGUUGUUACUUUGCUACGAAUGUGCAGUGGUGACACUUUGACCUCCUCGUGGCCUUCGCGAAAUGAGGAUUUCCGCUGUAUCGUCAGCAGUGGCAAAGUUCAGAUAUCCGCUUUGAAUGCUUUGGCUUCGCUCAGCGCCAGCCCAGGGGCUAACAGCACAACGAACCAAGUCUCUGAAAUCCUGGUACAUUAUUUGUGUCAACCCAAUUCAGACCCCACUGUCCUAAAAAAGUCCUACGAGGCCUUAUUACAGUGGGUGAGUCUUUGGACGGACCCGUCGUCCAUUCCGCAGCAACUCGGAGAAGAUCUCCUAAUGACAGUAAAGAAGCGGGCCUGCGAUCCACGUUGGGAGGUGAGAGACUCCACCAUUGAGUUUUUGGGGCAGCUGCAGUGCAUCCCUUCCCUGGGAUCGGUUGAUGCCUCCUUGUUGAGCAAUCGCAGUACCGCCCCGCUGCUCCGGGAGGCGCUGCAGGAUCCGGAGAGCUACGUGAGGGCCAGUGCCGUCGCAGCACUGGCACGGGGUCUGGUGCCCUGCUGGCAACAGGGAUCUGAGUUACCUCAAGAACAGACUGACACGGUGAGACAGCUGUUGGACAUUCUCCAGAAGGACACGGAGGGUUUUGCUAGGCGGGCUGUGGUCCACUACUUCAAGACCUGGUUCUUCGUUUGCUCCCGCCCUCCUUCAUCACCACCCUCACUUCUUUUGGAGUCAGUACGUGUGGUCUUCUCGCGCGGCAGCUUGGAUUUGGACUGGGAGGUGAAGGUGAACAUGCUGGAUUUGGCUGAGCUUUUACUGGACUCUGCCUUUUUGGAUUACAAAAGGCGCACCGGUGCAGAGAAUCACCCUUAUGCAACAUUUUACACGGACAUUAAUGGACAGGCCAAGGACGCAGAUGCCGCUUUAGAGUCGGCAUUGAGAACUUUAGUGGGUCAAGGCGUCUUCUCUGCGUCGCUUAGCAGCCUGGUGGACUAUGACCGACCCGUUGCGCUGAAAGCUUGUGAACUCCUCAUUACAAUCAGAGACGCAAUCUCCCCGGCGAGCGCCUUGACGAUGGACGUGCCCUGCGAACUGCCUGAGUACGGUUGGGGGAGGGAGAUCAGGGAGUUGCUGAAGAGCAAGGGAGACGCGGGCCGCCACGUAAACGUGUGCGAGGCGUUGACGUUACUGGACCUAGAUGAGCGGCGGGGUCUUCUGAGCCAGAGCAGCGAUCACGUUCACAACUCCUUGCAGUCUCUGCUGCAGGACAUCCUGAGCGCAGGAGGUGCUCUCGCAGACUCCAGAAAGGACGGAGGUCAAGAAGUCAUAGUGGACUGUUAUUGACUCACAUUUUCACUCAUCACAGAACUUUUAGUUUUAGGGUGAGUGGCAAAUGUAAUUGUGUUUGCAUCCCCAAAGUAGUGGAGAAUAACAAUGUACAUCAUAUUUGACUUAAGCGGGGAAAAAAAAAAGCCAAAUUAAAUUUGUCUUUAUUAUUAUUGUAAA